UAGUUCAGUUGUGUUGGGGUUUGGGACGUGGCCUUCGUGUGUCAGGAGUUGUCUGACAAUCCGGUAUCGGUCGGUCACAUCCUGAAGACCUGUGGAGGCAGCACAACGCUGACCGCGACUAGGACAAAGACAUGGCGCGCCUGGUAGCUGUUUGCAGAGAUGGGGAGGAGGACUACCUUUUCCUCGCGAGACAAAUUCCCUUGUACAUCGAUGACACACUCACAAUGGUCAUGGAAUUUCCUGACACCAUAUUGGACUUUGAGCGCCAUCAGAUCAACAGUUCUCAAAUGAAGAAGUUUAUUGAGCACCACGGCAUGCUUAAGCAUCAGGACCUGAGCAUGGCGCUGAUGGUGAUGUCUCAUGAAGUGUUCAGUGCGCUCUCGCAGCUAGUGCCAUGCGUCGGCUGCAGACGCAGCGUUGAGCGCCUGUUCUCCCAGCUCACAGACUCUGGCUACUUUGCACUUGAACCUUUGACCGUUGGUUCAGCUGGUGUGCUGUCGGUUGCUAGGGCCUGCCUAGCAGACCCCCGCAAACUCUACACACUUUUCUACGUCCAUGGGUCAAAACUGAAUGAUGUGGUAGAUGCCAUUCCAAAAAGCAAAAAGAACAAACGCUGUCAGUUGCAUUCCCUAGACACACACAAGCCCAAGCCUUUAGGAGUGGAAGGUGCAGACAGAGAGUUAGUGUCAGGAAGAGAAAAUGCAGCAGCAGUCAGAAAAGAGAUGAAGUGUAGCAUCAUUUUCAGCCUUGCACCCUUUCAGACUCCUUUCAGAGGGAGCUGGAUGGACGUGUGGGAGCUGAUGUCUCAGGAAUGCCGGGACGAGGUAGUUCUGAUCGACAGUGCCUGUUUGUUGGAGACUCUGGAAACGUACUUGCGCAAACACAGGUUCUGCACAGACUGCAAGAACAAGGUGCUAAGGGCUUACAACAUUCUGGUGGGUGAACUGGACAGUAGUAAGGAGAAAGGCUACUGCGCUGCAUUGUACGAAGGCCUGCGCUGCUGCCCACACGAGCACCACAUCCACGUCUGCUGCGAGACCGAUUUUAUCGCUCACCUGCUGGGCCGUGCCGAACCUGAGUUUGCAGGAGGAUACGAACGUAGAGAAAGGCACGCUAAGACCAUAGACGUCGCACAAGAGGAGGUGUUGACAUGUCUGGGAAUCCAUCUAUACGAGCGGCUCCACCGAAUCUGGCAGAAGCUGCGUGCAGAAGAGCAGACAUGGCAGAUUCUGUUCUACCUCGGUAUUGACGCCCUGCGCAAAAGCUUCGAGAUGGCAGUGGAAAAGGUGCAGGGAAUCAGCCGGCUGGAGCAGCUCUGUGAGGAGCUGUCUGAGGAGGAGAGAGCCAAAGAGCUUAAGCAGGAAAAGAAGCGCCAGAAGCGCAAGAACAGGCGCAAAAACAAGUGUGCCUUCGACAUGUCUGAGCAAGAGGCUGAGGGCUACAAAGAGAAAAGCCUGGACGAGGGUUCAGCAGAGUCAGUGGACAGUGGCUGUAAGUCCUGUGAAAGCAGUGAGGAGUCAAGAGGCAGUGUGGAGGUGAUCAUGCCCAUCGAGAGCUCCCCUUGCAGCUGCCCCAACAGUUCCAUCCUAGGCUCACCCAAAAGCAAGAAAGGUUUGUCAUCUCGCAGUAAUGGCAGUGACUGUGGCUACUCCUCCAGUAUGGAGGGCAGUGAGACAAGUUCCAGGGAAGGCUCAGAUGUGGCAUGCUCUGAGGGCAUGUGUAACCAUGACCAAACAGGUGAGUGUUCAUGUAGCCACCAAUGCUCUGAGGACAAAGAGGAAGAUGGAAUAGACAGCUGUGUUGAGUGCUGGGCCAAUUCUGAAGAACACAUCAAGGGCAAAAACAACAACAAGAAGAAGAAAAGAAAAAGCAAAGGCUUGCCAAGUGACAAGGAUCAUCAGCAUGGGUUGAAGACGCAUACAUGCUUAUCAGACAGCGGUUGCAGAGGCUUUUCAGGCUCAGGAAACUCCGGUGUCUCCUCCUGUACGUCCACACAGCACUGCAAAGACACAAGCUGCACAAAGAGGUGCUGCGACUCGUCUGUCUGUGUCGGCGUGCAUCAGCAGCAGAGUGGCCUUUUACUCCCCUCGCCACCAGCUACCUGUGCACAGGGAGACUGCCCCACCAAAACCCUCAUUGAGUUGCUGUCUUUAAAUGUGGACAAACAGGAUGAAGCAGAAGCGUCCUCAGACGAAGACAACUGCCUGACACAGGACGAGAUCCAGUCCUUUGUGGAGGAGAACAAGUCUUUCUACAGCACACGAGACCAGUACCGGCAACACCUGAAGGACCGAUUCACCAAAUACUGUCACUCCAGUGUGUGUAGAGAAGAGUGUCUGGGUAAUACAAGUGUCAACUAAACACCACAUCCAAUUUUACAGCAAAAAUGCUCUCCAUUACACCAUUCAGUGGCGAGUUGUUUUUGUUUCGUUUUGUGUUUUCUUUUGUGGGGCGGGGUGAAAUAUGAUGGAAAAUAGAAUUAAUUCUAGAAAUGUUUGUUAAAGUUUAUUUUUGUUCAUUGGGGGGAAAUGGGGACCUCCAUCUUUCUCACAUCUAUCAUCUCGAUUCCUUCGUUUCUUCCUUGCCUUUGUUUUUACUGUCUAUGCUUUAUCACUCCCUUUUCUUAUCACUCCCUUUCCCCCCCCCCCCCCUCUCUCCUUCACUGGCGGUUGGGGUUUGUUCAUCUCGAUUUUGGAUAUGUGAUUUAUGGAGUGGGUUAAAAUAGCACGGUGGAAUUGAUUCAAGCUUGCAGGCUGUCUCUAGUGUCAGAUAACGUCUGUCCGAUCACUUAUCGUUCGUAUACCGUUUCUAUUCAUUUUACCUGUUUCUUUCAUCGACUGUGACACUUUGGUUUUAGUGAUGGAUUGUUGUACCAGUUAAUGUGUACAGAAAUGAAAAUAUCUGAAUAUAAAGAUUUUACUCGGAGAUGAGCAUUCAAUUGUAAGAAGGUUUCGGUGUAAUGUUGAGCGCAACGUGCAAAAUUGACUUAAUAAAGAAUAUUUAUUAAUAUGCA